CUGGAAAACAGGAAGGUCCUGGAACAUUUGACAGAAUAACAGAGGCAGGCAGAAGGGGCAGGCAGUGAGAGUGAGUGUAUGUGUUUCACUGUACAAGCAGAGCAAGGUCUGACCAGUUACCUGAAGGAAGACUAUGCAAACGUUUGUAAUAACAAGAAGUCUUUGAAGAGAAAUGCCACAGAGUCAAGGUGUCCAUUUUACCUUUUUGGUGGAUUUGCUCAGGAUCCAGAGUUCCAUACGUUUAGCAAGAGCAUUUCUGACAUCUUGAUAGCUUCCAUAACAUUCUUUGGCAGUAUGAGUCAAGUUUUCUGGACAGCAGCAACUCUCUUCUUGGUUCUUCAGCAGUGUCACUGUAAAAAAGAGCAAAUAACUGAUUACGGAAGAUGGAACUACAGAGACGGAGCUGACAAGGUCAAUAUUCAAGGGGUACGCAGUAUGACCCGGAUUCUGGAUAAAUGGGGAAACAACUUAUUCUCAGAAAUGAAAAACAUAUUUAUGAACAGGCCUUAUCUAGUCCUGCCAGAAUACUCCAGGAUUCGACCUCUCUCUGAAGCCCUUGAUGAUCUGUACAAAGAAGUCAAGUCUCUGCUGAAAAGGAUAGCAGAACUGAAUGAGCGACUGUCUAUUAUAGAAAGUUUCUUUCUGAAGUAUGGUUACAUGAAACAGAUGGGAGUACAAAAGCCAUAUGGCACCAACUUCAUUGCUGAUGAGAAGAGAAGGCUCAUGCUUGUCAGGAAAAGAGUUAUUCGACGGCGCAUCAGGAAGAAACCCUAAAAAUGGUCGGUGACAGAACUACAUAUAAAGUACUGCUAUAAAAUGUUGCACAGAUUAAUUCUGGAAGUUAAUAUUUAUCACAGUCAUUUGCUUAUUUCUUUGCCGAUAAGUUAUCAUGGUUGGUCAGAACCAAAUUAAUUCAUAAUAUUUCCUGAUUUUAAAAGGUUAUACAAAACAAAAAGAGCCAAGAACAGGGAUGCCCAGCAUCACUCCAAACUAAGUUUCAAGGCAUGUGUCUAGAGUCUGGAGAACAUUUUUCAGUCACAAAAUAUUGUAUUUACUUAUUUUUCAGUAAAAAAUGUAAUGAACCAUUUUCUGCCAUCCUUUUUAUCCUUAGUGAGAGUGUUCAUCAUUGCUUUGCAGGAGUGUGACAUUAGUAUCAUUCCAGGUCAAAGUGAUAUAAUAAAUAUCAAUAAAGUUCAUUCCAAUGUAGAACUAAUCUAUCAAAAUAAAAUUAUGGAUUGUUAUUCACAUUUAGUUUUGAAAGCCAAAGCUAUGCUGUAUGGCUAUUUCUCUUUUUAAAUGUAUUGUAUUAUUAAUUGCAGUGAAUAAAGCCUUAAAGGCAUGAUGAUAAAUAUA